CCUAAAAUCUAUAUGUCGUUCGUUUAAAAGUUACUACACUGCUUGCCGCCAGGGAGCUAUAUUUACCACAGUCCUCGCCCAAGAAUGCUGCGCGUGCACACCAUCCCUUUCUCUGCCGUGAGCCGCACCUCCAGCAGUGCUAGGCCCGUAGUCAUCGGGCGGCAGCAAAUCAAGGCUGCGCCGGUUGCUGUGCGGCGCUCAUCGUUCCGUUGCUGGGCCGCGAGUCCCGAGACGCCAGCCGGCGCUCCGGCUGAGGAGUUCCAGGGCCUGCUCCCAGACGAGGAUGCUGAGGUUCCGGGCAACUACUUUGACGCCAUGGACCCCAAGACAAAGCUGGGCAAGGCCGUGCGUGCCGCCGUGGACGAGCUGAACCACCUCAAUGCGAUGGAGCUGGAAAACCUGCAGAAGGCGGACUCGCUGCUGAAGAAGCUCGGCCUCAAGUCCUCCAUCUUCCAGGUGCCGGAGGGUCAGAAGGCGGAGGAGUCGCAGUGAGCCGCAAGCUGUCACAACGCAAUACGCCAAAAGAUACUAGGUUGGUGAGCCCGACUUCUUGUGGGUGCAGAGGCUACAUGGAAUGGCCACAUGCUGGGGGUCAUGCCACUGGGGUCAUGCCAGAGUGCCAGGCAUGUUUGCUAGGGCUACGUGUUGGGGUUGUUGAGGUGAAGGUGAAACAUGGCCGCCCGGCAACGCAGAACGAUUUCAGUAUCGGGGAACAGAGUGAUAGAUUUUCACUUGUGAAGGUGGAACAUGACCGCCCGGCAACGCAGGAAGGAUUUCAGUAUCGAGGAACAUAGUGAUAGGUUUUUGGGCUGAGCCCCCCGAGCGAAGCGAUCCAGGUGGGGCGAAGCCCCCCAGGAUUGCCCCUGUCCGUGCCUGUUCGGCCUCAGACUGUGGAGGGGCUCAGCCCCUUUUCCCGUGACCGGGGAACACUUGUCACUUGUCUACAAGGUGAAAUGCGUGGUACGGUCUGGUCAUGCUUUUGUAUGCCGUAUAUGGGACCGGCUGAAUGCAGCCACGCAGACCGUGCACCUUGAGUAUGUGUGCUCGGGCGGAAGCGGCCUUUGUCUGGUUUUGACGGGGUGGUGUGUGCCCUUGCUGGAUUCCCGGGCCACUUCUCCUGAUUCCGGGUACCUAAGGACAAGGCUUGGCCUGCUUCCGUCUGAGCUUUGACGCGUGCGUGCUGCGGCAUCAGCGUCUGCGUUCGAGGCUGGCCACCUGGGCAAAUGGGGGUAGACGGAGUGAUGGACAGGGGUGGUCUGGAACGGUGAAGCCGUAUCGAGCAGGUGUAGGUGACUGGAUGGGCCAGGAUACGGUUGGCAGAAUGGGAUGACUGCUUCAAGGCACCGUGUGAAGAAAGCGUCAAGGUGGCAUGCGCGGCGCCGCGGCGGGCGUGGGCAGCGGGUGAAGCGUGGAACCAGGGGCGACUGUAAGUUUGCGUGGCUAAGUGAAUGGAGAGAUGGGAAAGGGAAAGGGGCGGGUUGGCGUACUGUGUGCAGCGUAUUCCCAGACCCAACAUUCAAUUUGCGACGUCAAGGCAUGAGCGCGUGGCUUGUAUAACGCCGGAGUUACUGUACCGAGACAUCGCUGACUUGCUGUCAGGAGUCAAGGCAGGGCAGAGACAGAGCAGGACAGGUCGCAGAUGGGACAGGGUGUGCAGCCACUGCGGGUCACUGCAGUCAGUGCAGUGACUGCAGUCUGCAGCGCAGCUCUGCAUGACGCAGCAUGUCCUGCCAGUAUGCUGCAUCAUGUCUUUUAAGUGAAAU